UUCGUUUUUGUGAAUUUGUUGAGUUGGUCGGAAGUGUGUGCGCUGAUAGUGCGAAAAUCUGUGCAAAUAGAAGUCCCCAGACACUGAAAAUACCUCAGAAUUGUGCCCGUGAAUUGCGUGAAGUGAUUCUGUUUGAGAAAGCCAUGGCAUCGAAGGCGAAGAAGAGUGGUUCGGGAACGCCCUUGGCGUCCAGCACGCCAGUACCGGGUGGCAAGACGACUCCUGUGCCGGGUCCGGGCGUGCGGCCGUCAAGUCCUCUCAGCCCCACUCGGGCGAGUCGCUUGCACGAGAAGGCAGAACUGCAGGGCCUCAAUGACCGUCUGGCCGCCUAUAUUGAGCGCAAUCGCUCGCUGGAGCAGGAGAACAGCCGCCUCAGCAUCCAGGUGCAGACGUCGCAGGAGACGGUGACGCGCGAGAUGACCAACAUGAAGGCCAUGUAUGACAAUGAGCUCACGGAUGCCCGCAAGCUCCUGGACGACACCACGCGCGAGAAGGCCAAGCUGGAGAUCGACACGAAGCGUCUCUGGGAGGAGAACGAUGAUCUCAAGGCGAGACUCGACAAGAAGACGAAGGAUCUUCUGCUGGCGGAGAACAGUGCGAGAAUGUAUGAGUCUCGGUGCAGCGAAUUGACUGGAAAGUACAAUGCUGCAUGCAGCGAGCGCAAGAAGUACCACGAUGAGGUGAAGGAGCUGGAGAAGGAGCUGGAUAAGCUGAGGAAGCAUCUGGAGGAGAUGCGCAAGCAUCUCGAGGAGGAGACACUGGCGCGCGUGGAUCUGGAGAAUAGUAUCCAGAGUCUGAGGGAGGAGUUGACGUUCAAGGAGGGCAUUCACCAGCAGGAGCUGCAGGAGACGCGCACACGACGCCAGGUGGACAUCAGUGAGAUUGAUGGGCGCUUGAGUGAGCAGUAUGAGGCGAGAUUGAAGGAGUCUCUCAUGGAGUUGCGCGAACAGUAUGAGCUGCAGAUGAAGGCAAAUCGUGAUCAGGUGGAUUUGCUUUAUGAGGCGAAGAUUAAGAAUCUGCAGAAUGCACUAAAUGCAAAUACAAAUUCGGCAUCGGCAGCUUUUGAGGAACUGAGGCAGACUCGCAUUCAUGCUGACUCGCUCAAGUCGCGAAUCAAUGAGUUGGAGGGACAGAAUAACACGCUGAAUGGGCGAAUUCAUGAUCUGGAGAAGCUGUUGGACACAGAGCGUCUGAAUCAUGAGAAUAUUGUGCGUGGUCUUCAGGCGCAGCUGGAGAGGGAGAGAGAGGAGUUCUCACAGCAACUGAAAGAACUCCAAGACCUGUUGGACGUUAAGGUCUCAUUCGAUAUGGAGAUUUCGGCAUAUGACAAGUUGCUGUCCGGCGAGGAGCAUCGCUUGAACAUUUCACCCUCUCAGUCUCACCCCUCUGGGGGAUCAUCGUUCUCCUUGUUUCGCUCGGGGAGUCGCCAGACGCGACGCACGCCACAGCGCCAGGGCGGACCGGCGAUGAAGAGGAAGCGCACGUACUUGGAGGAGUCGGAUGAGCGCAGCUGGAAUGACUUCUCCGUGACGGCGUCCGCCAAGGGGGACAUUGAGAUCGUGGAGGCGGAUCCGGAGGGGAAGUUCGUGAAGUUGCGCAACAAGGGCGGCCGCGAGAUCGCGAUCGGCGGCUGGCAACUCACGCGCACGGUGGGCGCCAAUGAGACGGUGUUCAAGUUUCAUCGCAGCGUGAAGGUGGACGGCGAUGCGGUGGUGACUGUGUGGUCAGCCGACUCGGGCGUGACUCACGAGCCGCCAACGAACAUCGUGAUGAAGGGACAGAAGUGGUUCGUCGGGGACAACAUGAAGACCGUGCUGGUGAAUUCGGACGGUGAGGAGGUGGCGGCGUCUGAGCGUGUGCGCAGUCACGUGUCCAGCCUGGCGUCCAGACAUCGUGAGUCUGGCUUCGGUGGCGAUGACUUCUACCACCAUCAGAGCCUCAGGUCAGCCUCCAGGGCGUCGCAGUUCAGCAGUGACGGACAGCAGAACCAGGAGAAGUGUCGUGUCAUGUGAAUUGAGGGGCGCAUUUGAAGGGAGAGAGAAAGAGGGAAAGAGGGACACUUUUCUGCAAUCCCACGAAGAGGUAAAGAAGCAACAAUUGUGAAUUUGAUGGAAGCUUUGCGAACAUCUCAAUCAAUCUGUUGAUGAAGAGUGAGUGUUUUUGAAGCUUCUUGAAGAUUCUCAAUUUGCAAAGAAGAUACUUUUUAUAUACACACAAAAAAGAACCUUUUUUUCUUUAGUUAUAAUUUGUAAUUCAAUCAUACAAUUUAUUAUUGAUUUAUAGCAUAGACGAGAACAGAGAAGAGAAGAUAAAA